CCGUCCGCCCCAGAUCAACGGUUCCUAGGUGGUUACUCACGGGUGAGUAACAAAGGGUUACUCACCCUAUCCUAAGCCCAUCAGUGGCCCAGUUUCUUUAGCUUUGGAUCCCCCUCAACAUUUUGGGCUUUUCUUUGGAAGUAUUGUUUCAGCAUCCCCUCGUCUUCGCUCGCUCCCAAAAAAAUUAGCGCAUUCUAACAGCCAUGGCUUCCACAGAACCUCCUGCCGCCGUUACACCGCCGUCCUCCAAGCCCAACCUCCUCCCUCUGGCCUCCACCACAAUUAUCACCCCCUCCGCCGCAGCGUCAGUCGCAGUCGCUCCAACCGCCUCCUCUUCCUCCCCCGCCACUCCCUCAGUCACAACACCUCGACCUAUCCCUUCCGACGCCGAAGUCGUCCACAUCCCUAGCUACUCCUGCUGGUUCUCCUUGGGCGACAUUAGCGAAUGCGAGAUCCGCUGUCUGCCGGAGUUCUUCGAUUCUCGGUCCCCUUCGAGAAACCCUAAGGCGUACAAGUACAUCCGUGACUCCAUCGUCAAGCAAUUCAGGCGGAAUCCUUCCUCGAAGAUCACCUUCACCGAAGUCAGGAAGACGCUCGUCGCCGACGUCAUCUCCAUCCGCAAAGUUUACGAUUUCCUCGACGCAUGGGGCCUCAUCAAUUACUCCCCAGCUGCAUUGAACAAGCCUUUGAAGUGGGAAGACAAGGAUUCCAAGUCCUCCCAACACGCCACCGAUUCGCCGGCAGGGCCUUCCUCCGACUCCACUCCUCCCGUCAGGGAAACCUCAAAGCGGCUUUGUGGUAGCUGCAAGUCCGUCUGCAGCAUAGCUUGCUUUGCUUCCGACAAGUACGACAUAACUCUUUGCGCACGGUGCUUUGUGCGGGGGAAUUAUCGGGUGGGACUUAGUUCUUCAGAUUUCAAGCGGGUUGAGAUCAGCGAUGAGAUGAAAACAGAUUGGACGGAGAAAGAGACUCUGCAACUUUUGGAAGCGGUUAUGCACUAUGGUGAUGACUGGAAGAAGGUUGCACAGCAUGUUGGUGGUAGAAGUGACAAAGACUGCAUCACCCACUUCAUUAAGCUUCCCAUGGGGGAACAGUUUGCUUCUUCCGCAGAAUUUGGAUCCAGUAUCAACAAGCUAAACCAGAUGAAAGAUGAUAACAAUAUUAGCUCUUCCUCCUCCCCUAGUAAACGAUUGUGCCUUUCACCUCUUGCAGAUGCAAGCAACCCAAUAAUGGCUCAGGCUGCUUUUCUAUCGGCUUUGGCUGGCACAGGGGUUGCUGAAGCUGCUGCUCAAGCAGCUGUAACUGCAGUGUCCGAGAUGGGACAGGGAGAACCCAAGGCUGACAUCAGAAGUCUUCAUGGGGUUCAAGGAUUGCAAGAUGCCAGUAUUACAUCCAAUGGUAGUGGCAUACUCAAGUCUGUAGAAGAGGCUCAUUCAGGUGUAAAUCCAAAGCCGGAGGAGAAGGAGAAGGUAAAUGUUGAGGAAGAGAUUCGUAGAGUUGCAGAGGUACAGAUGAAGCAGAUCCAAGAGAAGAUCAUGCACUUUGAGGAGAUUGAUUCACAGAUAGAAAAAGAGUGGAAACAGAUGGAACAAAUGAGAGAUAUCCUGUUUUAUGACCAGUUGAACCUCUUAAAGCACGAAAGAGCAAUCCGGAAAAGUGGUCAGCAAGCAGCGGAGGGCGUGAGAACACAGGGUGAUUUUGUCAGUUAGAUGUAUGUUUCGUAGUAUAAGAAAAUUUCCCGAGUUUGUUUCAAGUAUUUUGUCAAGGUAAAAGAAGAGUAGAUAGUUCACUCCACUGGAUGAUGUGUAACAAAAUUAGAGAAACUAUGCUUGCCGCUGUUAACUUACUCAG